AUGGGGGGUAAUAAUGGAAAAGAAGAAGUAGCGUUCAAAGUGAGUGUGACGAAGGAAGAGGUUGUUGCGGCGGUUUUGCCAAUUCAAAACCAUCGGUUACCGUUCUCAAACCUUGACCUCCUUCUUCCACCCGUUGACGUUGGUGUCUUCUUUUGCUACAACAAUAAUAACAACACAACGCUGAGCUUUGGAUCAAUGGUGGAGUCCCUUAAGAAUGCAUUGGCUCAGGUUUUGGUUUCCUAUUAUGUCUUUGCUGGUGAGGUGGUGCAAAACUCCAUGGGUGAACCUGAGAUUCUUUGCAAUAACCGUGGGGUUGAUUUUGUUGAGGCUGAGGCUGAUGUUCACCUUCAUCAUCUUAACUUAUACAACCCUGAUGAAUCCAUUGAAGGAAAGCUUGUUCCAAAGAAGAAGCAUGGCAUCCUUGCUGUUCAGGUGACAUCUUUAAAAUGUGGGGGGAUAAUAGUGGCAUGCACGUUCGAUCAUCGCAUAGCAGACGCACACUCAGCAAACAUGUUCCUAGUCUCAUGGGCCGAGAUAGCCCGGCCCAUGAAGCCCACCACCGCAGCACAGCCGUGUUUUCGUCACUCCCUCCUCAUCCCUCGACGCCCUCUUUGCAUCCAGCCUUCCCUGGACGCCAUGUAUGUUUCCCUUCCACCACCAUCUCAUCAACUCGAACCCAAUAAUUUCAACUCACUCAUAAGCCGGAUAUAUUACACCACGGCCGAUCAACUCAGCCACAUGCAAUCACUUGCAAGCUCAUCGGAUCCUAUCAAGAACCGCACAAAGCUUGAAUCUUUCACCGCGUUCUUGUGGAAGAUGGUUGCCAUGGCUACAUCCUCCUCCUCUAGCGAGAAAAGGCUUGUUGCCAAGAUGGGUGUGGUGGUUGAUGGAAGGAAGAGGCUCAAAGAAGCUACGAUGGAUGAUUAUUUUGGUAAUGUGCUUUCUAUCCCUUUUGGCGGGAAAGCGGUGGAGGAGUUGGUGGAGAAGCCGUUGAGUUGGGUGGCAGAAGAGGUUCACAAGUUUCUGGAAACGGCAUUGACGGAAGAACACUUCCUAGGGCUCAUUGACUGGGUGGAAGAGCACCGUCCCUCACCAGCGUUGGCCAGAAUUUAUUGUGGCAACACAAUGGAUGUGGGACCCGCUCUUGUGGUGUCUUGUGGUCAAAGAUUUCCAGAGUCAAAAGUUGACUUUGGUUGGGGAAAACCCGUGUUGGGAUCAUACCAUUUUCAUUGGGGUGGUGAUGCUGGAUAUGUGAUGCCAAUGCCAAGUCCUAAGAAAAAUGGUGAUUGGGUGGUGUACAUGCACCUUCUCAAACCCCACAUACAUUUCAUUGAGUCUAUGGCAAAUCAUGUCUUUAAGCCCUUCACUUGGGACUACCUCAACCAUUAACAUUACUUCA